UCUUUGUUUCAUGAUUAUCAAUUGGAUAAAGAAAGUGAGCUUAAGGUUCUUUAGAACAAAUUUUAUAAUUACAAAUAAAUUAGAAUAACAAUCUAACCUAAAGACCAUAUAAUAAAAUGUAACAAAAAAACAGUACACAGGCAACUUGUUAUCACACGUCACCAUCACCAUGCCAUUAUCGAUCACUCGGCUCGAACAAAUAUAAAAAGAAAAAAACACAUUUCUCGUCAUAAUCGUUCAACCAACGGACGACGACUCAAUCAGUCUCUCAACACAACUCGAUUCGGGAGGAUCGUCAACAACAUUUUUGUUAUAAAUCUAUACAAAAAAUAAUAUAAAUACUUGCUCAAGUGUAGCAAACAAGUUUUCAUUUCGCUAUAUUUCUGUUCCGUGAUCUUCUUUCGUUUUGAAUUUAAUAAAAUAAAUAUAAAAAUAAAAAAAUGAAUCGCUCACCAAUAGCUGUAGCACGAAACACAACAAACGGUUGUGCAAUCAAUGGAGUGCCACUUUUAAAUGCAACAAAAGAUUCAUUUGUAGGCAAACACUCCUCUUGCCCCAUAAUGAUUAAUCACAAUGACGACAAAAACAAACUGAAAAAUCCAGAAAUGGCUGCAAAAAUCAUCAAAGAAUCCAAUAUAGUGUGUUUCGAUGUUGAUUCAACGGUUAUCCAAGAAGAAGGCAUAGACGAGUUAGCUGACUUCUGUGGCAAAGGCUCUGAAGUGUCCCGUGUUACCAAAGAAGCAAUGGGUGGUUCAAUGACAUUCCAAGAUGCUCUCAGAAUACGAUUAAACAUUAUACGUCCAAGCCAAAGUCAAGUAGAGGAAUUCAUCAAAGUUCGUCCUAGCAAACUAACAGAAGGUGUUAAACAAUUCAUUGGGUAUUUGAAGGCUGAGGGCAAACAAGUCUUCUUGAUCUCGGGUGGAUUUGAUUCACUUAUUGAGCCUGUGGCUAAUGAAUUAAACAUUCCCAUGAGUAAUGUUUUUGCAAACAAAUUGUGUUUCACUGAGAGUGGAGACUAUGCUGAUUUUGAUACCACAAAACCAACAUCUAGAUCUGGUGGUAAAAGUGAGGCUGUAGCGAUAGUUAAGCGGAAUAAUGAAGCUUCAUCGGUAAUUACAAUGAUUGGUGAUGGUGCGACAGAUUUGGAAGCUGUUCCCCCAGCUGAUUAUUUCAUUGGCUUUGGAGGCAACGUUGUCCGCACUGAAGUAUUCAACAGAGCAAAGUAUUUCGUAACUGAUUUUGAUCUACUUUGGGCUAAAGACGAGUAGAGAAGGAGGAAUAUAGCUUUGUGUAUAAGAAUAGAUUUUUGUUUAGUUUAAUUGUUGUUUAAUGAGUGCUACAAACAGUAUAUACUAAAUAGUGUAAAUAAGAAUGAAUUAUGUUUUAAGAAAGUUUCAUAAAUUAAUAAGAAAAAAAUUGUUUUCAUUUUGUAAUGAGAAUAAAGUAAAUUUUCGUUGUAUUUAAAAAUACAUUACUGCCUUA